AAGAAACACAUAUAAUUACCAUUUAGAUAUUUGUCAUGUUUUUCCAGAGAAAAACCAUACACUCAAAAAAUAAAAAGAAAAACAGUUGAAAAAUAAAACAAUUCAUAAAAAAAAAUCGUUAGACAACAAAAAACACUGAAGCGAUGCGAAAUUCAAAGAAAGAUUCGUUCAGGGAAGAAAUUGGGAGUGGGACUAGGAGGCCGCACAACUCGCUAAAUGACCCCUUGAAUCUGGUUGACCGGGAACUAUCUGUUCUCUUGAGGAUACCGAAGCUUAAAUUCAAAUCCGUGGAGCCCCUACCCAUCGCUUCCAGGGACUAUGGGCUAAUGAAGUCCUCUAAUAAGUCGUCGACUCCAUAUCCUCGCGCGCAGCAAGGAGUUGAUGCCAGUUUACUAAAGGCCCGCCUCAUAAUGCGUACUGGUUCUGAUAAUCGAAACAAUUCACGCUCGGAAAGGCCAGAAAGACCGGAAAGGCCGGACGACGGAAGUCCAAGUAUCAGCGAUGGGAGCUCUCAUAGGUCGAAGACCCUGCCAAAAUCUAAGCCUUCUGUAUCCGUAUUUCGUCGCCAGUCGCUGACUAGGAGUAUCAAGGAUAUAGUUGCCGUUGGCACUCCGCAUCCAAAAAAAGGCGUGGCCUUGAAUCCCAGAGUACUGGGCCGGCGGCUGACCGACAUAAACGAAAUGUUAUGGAAAACAACCGAUAUGAGCGAACAUUCAAUGCCAAACCUGGUGAAGCCGAAGAGGUUAAAGGGGAAAAGGAAGGUCCUACUGGCAACGCCCGCGGAAAGUCGAGAAUCGGAGUUUUUACACCGCCCCGGAGCACCGCCAGAUGGAGACCUGGUCGGUGAUGGUGUGAGCCCGCGGUUAACCCAGAUCGACAGCACGUUGUGCUCGAUUAGCGAGGAAUUCCAGGAGCCGCAGCUGAGUUUCGCAGAGCGACGCAAGAUUUCCCAGGAGGGGGAGUACACCAUUGCGAAAUACGGCCGCAAAAUGAGCGAUGUGAUGAUGGCGGCCCCAAAUGCAAACCAGGAGGUUGACGACAAAAGUGUGCGUUACGCAAAAAAAGCUAGUUUAGAAAUGGAGAGGUAUAUGCGAUCGCAGGGCCUGGUCAAAAUAUCUAACGAUCAGGUUACCAUGACCAGAAAUAUGGCCCGUAUAUCGACGCAGAUGAACUGAUCCCAUUACGAAAAACCCAUGGCUACUGGUCACAAAAGCAAUUUCUUGUAGCUUAGCUAGCAGGAUUGCCAAAGGAUGAGAGAUCUCUACACCUCCUGCACUCCUGCUGGUUAGAGAUAUGAGACUUCGAUGUGGUGUCUGAAUAUAUUCAACAAUUUGGAUUUUAUAAUAUGUAAAUUGUGGUCAACUUCUCAAAAACUCUAUAAUAUAAUUGAAAUAUAUAUAAAACGAUUUGAAC